AUGGCGAUAAGGGCCACCCGCCAGACACGGCUGACUAGUCGCUGUCGGCGCUAUCGUGAGUGUGUUAUACGAGCGGCCGGGCAGUGCUCGCGGUCCUGGGUGCGCUACUCGGCGCGCGCCACUUGCCAAGAUUACGCCGCCUGGACUCCUCUCAGGGUGCAACUGACGUUUUUGGCAGAGGCGGCCGACGCCGCCGUCCGUUCGCCCAUCCGCCCGUCGGUCAGUCGUCGCCCGGUGCUCGCCGCCGCCGCCACCUCUCGGUGCUCCCCACCGCCGCGCCGCCGGCACCACCGCCUGGUGCUUGCCACGGCUGCAGCCACCCGGUGGUCGCCGUCGCCGCCACCACCACCGCCCGGCGCUCAUCAAAGUCUCCGACCCGUGCUCGCCACCGCUGCCGCUGCACCCACUACCGCUCGAUCCUUGCCGCCGCUGCCGCCGCCCCUCCCCCUGGUGCUCGCCGCCACCGCCUCCACCACCACCGCCUGGUGCUCGCUGCCACCGCCGCCACCGCCACAGCCUCGUGCUCGCCACCACGGCGCGGUGGUGGCCGCCGCCGUCGCCUGGUGCUCGUCAGCGCCACCACCCGGUGCUUGCUGCAACCAUCAUCGCCUGGUGCUCGCCCCCACCACCGCUCGGUGCUCCCUGCUGCCGCCGCCCAACGCUCGCUGCCGCCACUGCCCGGUGCUCGCUGCUGCCGCCACCUCCCGGUGA